GCACCAACCACCAACAUGCCUGAACUCGUCGGAAAGACUGUAGGCCCAGUGGGCUAUGGCCUCAUGGGCCUAACAUGGCGCCAGAACCCACCGCCAGCCGAGCAGAGCUACGAAGCUAUGCGCACGGCACUUUCGCUCGGCGCAAACAACUGGAACGGUGGUGAACUCUACGGCUCCCCAGAGCGCAACUCUCUACACCUUCUCAACGAGUACUUCACCAGGUAUCCAGGUGACGCAGAGAAGGUUGUCCUGUCCAUUAAGGGUGGACUCAAGAAGGGCGAGAUGGCGCCCGAUGGCAGUCGCGAAAACAUCAGGCGCAGCAUCGACGAGUGCUUGAAGGUCCUGGAUGGCAAGAAGAGCCUAGAUCUUUUCGAGUGUGCCAGAGUCGACCCCAAGACACCAAUCGAAGAGACUGUCGGCUACAUCGCCGAGUACGUCAAAGAGGGCAAGCUCGGCGGUAUCAGCUUGUCAGAGGUUGGCCCGCAGUCGAUCCGCAAGGCGCAUGCUGCUCACCCCAUCUCGGCGGUUGAGGUGGAGUUCUCGCUCUGGAGCACUGACAUCCUGGAGAACGGCGUGGCGGCGACAUGCGCAGAGCUGGGUAUCCCCAUCAUUGCGUACUCUCCUCUUGGACGCGGAUUUCUGACUGGCAAGUACAAGAAGCAUGAAGACAUCGAGCCCGACUCCAUGCUCCAUCGCUUUCCUAGAUUCCAGCCCGACGUCUUUGAUGAGAACAUUAAGCUACUCCACGCUGUCGAGGAUAUGGCCAAGGCAAAGGGAGCCACACCAGCUCAGAUUGCCCUCGGCUGGGUACUCGCGCAGAGCGGUGCCAAGGGCAUGCCCAUCAUCAUUCCAAUCCCAGGUGCUACAACGUCGGAGAGGAUUCAGGAGAACACGAAGCCGGCGCAGCUCAACGACGAGGAGAAGAAGGCGCUGGACGAGAUGCUGAAGAGCGAUGAUUUUCCCGAAGACAUCAAGGGCGGCCAGUACGAAGCCACUCCUGACCGCGACCCGCGCCCAAGCAAGCGACCACGUCUGAACAUUCGCGCGCCAUCUUCACCACCUCACAUCAACACGAUGCCGCCCGAAGAAGAGGGCGAUUUGUCUGAAGACACGGAUGGCUCUGUCCCCGCGUCGCCACACCACCACCCGGGCAUGUCGCAAGACGACGACUACGGCCAGGAACAGGUCACUGUCUGCAAGUGGGACGGCUGCACAGCGGGUGAUCUCCAGAACAUGGACAACCUGGUCGAGCAUCUCCACGACGAUCACAUUGGCACCAGGCAGAAGAAGUACAGCUGCGAGUGGAGCGACUGCACGAGGAAAGGCAUACCACACGCCAGUGGCUAUGCGCUAAGGGCACACAUGCGCUCUCACACGAGGGAGAAGCCCUUCUACUGCACGCUUCCCGAAUGCGACCGCUCCUUCACCCGCUCCGACGCGCUGGCCAAGCACAUGCGAACUGUCCACGAGACCGAAGCCCUCCGUCCUUCUGAUCCUGUUCCCAAACACCACUCAUCCAACCCCACAAACAACAAGCAGCGCCUCAAGCUUGUACUGAACAACGAGGCCAAGAAGCUGCCACACGACAAGGCCUCGACGCCCGGCUCCCCAUCCUCACACUCCCACCCCUCCAACAGCGCAACAAUCCCGCCCAACGCACCUGCAACAGAUGCCGACUACGCACACAACAACGUCGUCUACCUGCAAGACCUCGCAAACCCAAGCGCGCCCACGCUUGUGCAGUUCCCGCCGGACAUCGAGUUUACGCCCCAAGAACUCUCCAAACCCGCCCCAGACCUAUUCCAGCUACUACGUCGGCAACUGCUUUGGGCGACACAACAAGGCGAACAACUGCGCGCCGAAGCUGAGGAGCUAGAGAAGGUGCGUCAGGAGGAAUGGCAGGCCAAGGAGCUUCUAUUCGAGAACUUCAUGGAAGCACAAGCCGCAACCGAGCGGCGGCGACGAGUCGACGGAGGCAUGCCAGACGACAUGGAGGGCUGGCAGUCUGUGGAGAACGACAUCAUUCCUGCCAAGUCCCUCCCAAUGGCACCAAAGGACGGAAAGCUACCGUGGUGGCGAGACGAGACUGUACAGGCCCAGCGACCACAGAUCAAGCAUGAGCUUCAGCCACCCAGGCCGCCUCCAGCGGAGCCUCGGCACCACGAUGAGCUCCACCCACAAGUCCCUGUUGCUUAG